CGUCGGCGUUUUAGCUUCUUUUCAACAUGAACCCCUGAACACUCUCUCCUCCAUGCAUCUUCUCUCUGACAAGCUACUAGUCUUCGUCUCUUUUGCUCUCUAGUCUCUGUGAAACCCUAAUCUCCUUGCUGAAAUUCUCGCUUCUUGCAGGAUUCUCAUUCAACCACAUGUCUGAAAACAUGGAGCAAUCGCCGGAGCUGCUGCUUUCUCCUCUGAUUCCGUCACUCCCCGACGACGUCACCGUCGACAUCGUAGCUCGCGUGCCCAGAAGCCACUACCCGACUCUCUCCCUCGUUUCCAAGAGUUUUAGGAAUCUCAUCGCCUCGUCCAAACUCUACAAGAGACGUUCUCAGCUAGGCAUCACCCAACACCGUCUCUACGCCGUCCUCCGCAACCGCAAAACCGGUGAAUUCAGUUUCUACAUCCUCCACCGGAAACUCAACGGUUACAACCGGUUGGUGCCUGUCCGGUCACUUCCGUUCAUGUCUCCCCGUGGAAGCUGUGUACCGGUCGGUUCGGAGGUGUACGUGUUUAACGACCUCUCAGUGCUCAUCUUUGACUGCACGUCUCACACGGUUCAGCGCAUGUCUAACUUUCCUGAGCGGAUGUCUUAUAAAGAGGUUAACGUCAUCGGGAAGAAGGUUUAUGUGAUUGGUGAUGCGUUGUGUCAUUACGUCGAGCAGACAGGGUGGAUGAAAUGGUGGAGGAAGGCAGUCACGGUGUUUGAUACAGAAACCCAAUUGUUGGAGCCUAAGUUGGUAAACGAAGACAUGGCUGUUGGUCUAGGUCCCUUUUGGUCUGAUUCUGUUGUGAUGGAUGGUAAGAUUUACCUGAAAGGUUACAUGAAUGGUAAUUCUUUUGCUUACGAACCAGAGGAAAGGAAAUGGGAAGUGAUGGACGAGGUGUUGAACUCUAAGGAGUGGGAGGGUUCGUGUGUGGUUGACGACGUCUUGUACUAUCACGAUCGGUCCGGGAAGGCGUUGAGGGCGUAUGAUCCGAAGCAGGGCUGUUGGAGUGUUGUUAAUGGUUUGGAGGAGUUUUUGGCUGUGGAGACUGCUCGUUCAGGUUGGUCAAGAACGGUGAACUACGGUCCGGAUAAGCUGGCUCUCUUCUUUCCUAAAAGACAGUACGGCGAGAAGAUGAUUUGCUGUGCGGAGGUCGCUUUGGAAAGGCGCCAAGGAGGAGAGAUUUGGGGUAAGGUCCAGUGGUGUCAUAUUGUCAUUGGCGGUGAGCUUUUUGACAUGGUGAAAUUUGUGGCUGUUACUGUUUGAUGCAUUUAGAUCCCUUCGUAUUUUAACUAUCCUAAAUGAUCUUGUGUGGUUGUAAGUUUGCUAACAUCGGUAAUGUAAGACAAAACCUUGAGAGCUUGUUGUUUUGUGUUGUCCUUUAAAACUUGUGUUAUGUUUUAAUCUUUAGAUUGCUUCCUUGAGACUUGUUUGAAGUUUGCUU